AUGGUUGUGCAUCGAGCUUCCAAUAUGUUGAUUGGUUCACUGGAUGUGAAGGCAAAAACGGCUCAAAUAUUUCACCAGCUUAUGAUUUCAAAAGCAUUAGUAUCCCACGAACACAGAGGAAUCUAUUCGAUUCUACCUAUUGUCACCGAAAAAUCGAUUAUUAACUUUAUAUUUUUCGGUCAGCGUCUUAUCGAUAAAUUGGUGAAAAUUAUUGAAGCUGAAUUUAAUUCUAUUGGAGCUUAUAAAAUUACCUUGCCGAUACUGGGAGAAAAAGAGAUGUGGCAGAAAUCCGGCCGAUGGGAUUCUUUUAAAGCAGAAAUGUUCUGUCUCAACGAUAAAACAGAUCAAGUUUUUUGUCUCCAACCAACUCAUGAAGAAGUAGUGACGAAGUUAGUUGCAAAACAAGGCAGUUUGCGAGAAACUGUUUAUCCAUUGAUGCUUUAUCAAACUGGACCAAAAUUUCGGGAUGAGUCUGUAGCUGGAUACGGACUUCUUCGUAGUAGAGAAUUUUUAAUGAAUGACUUGUAUUCAUUCGAUACAACAUAUGAGAAAGCUCUAAAUACUUACAAUAUGGUUAAUGAAGCAUACAAGCGCAUAUUUUAUGAUAAGCUUGGUAUUGAUGUUUAUGUCGUUCGAGCUGAUUCUGGAAAUAUUGGCGGAGAAACAUCGCAUGAGUAUCACUUGCUUUCUAAAAGUGGUCGGGAUAGUAUUGCUUAUUGUGCUAAAUGUGAUGUGGGCAUUAGUCAUGAUCUAUUUAAACGUAACAGAAAGCCUUGCAGUUCAUGUACUGAACAAUGCACUACCAUUGUUGAUACAGUUGAAAUCGCUCAUACAUUUCAGCUGGGUGAUAUGUUCACCAAAAAGUUCGGAGCCAACUAUCGUCAGCAACCACUGGUAAUGAACUGCUUCGGGAUUGGCAUCGGUCGCAUGAUAGCUGCUUUAAUUGAUUCAAUGUCACCCAGUAAAAAAGCUCUUCGUUUGCCUUAUGUUUUGGCACCAUUUAAAAUAGCAGUCAUUAUGCCGAAUAAAUCUCAGCCAGAGACAUUAAAGUUUGCUGAAAAUGUUAUCAAUCACCUCUACCAAAUAUCCUCCCUUGAAGACGAAAUCUUUGUUGAUGACAGAUUUGAUAACUCAAUCGGAAAGCGACUACUUGCUGCUUCAAAUUUAGGUAUUCCUCAUAUACUAGUAAUUGGGAAUCAAACUGCCAAAACACUGUUGGAUAAACCACUUGUAGAAUAUUAUAAAACAGAGACUAAUACCGACAUACCAAUCAGAGUUGGAGAUCUCCAGUUUGUUGAACUUACAAGACUUGUGGAGAAGCUGAGUACUAGAUGGUUACUGUUAAUUAAAGCUUCGGGAAAAUAUCUUCGCAUACAAAGGUUAUCGUCAAUGCUGACUGUUCCUGAUAGAGUUCAGGGAAUCACAGAUCUCACUGAUGCUGAGAAGAUCCUCUUCAGCAAAGAUAUCACACUGCCAAUUGUUGUGGUGCCUUCAAAGUUUGUCGGGCGAAUUAUUGGAUCAAAGAAGAUAAGUGACUUGACAAUAACACGGUUCUGUAGCAAAAUUAAGCCUCUCGUUAAUAUGGCUGUGGCAGAUGAAAAAGCUAUUGUGCUGUCUCCAGAAAAAAUAAAUGGUGAUGUACGAGUGAGUGCUUCAGAACUUGUUAAAGAUAUAACGGGGAUAACACCGAAAUCAGGAUCUUACUCAGUGACUUUAGAUUAUAAUGAUUGGCCUCUAAAGUCGUGCAUAAGUGCCGUUUUACCAAAAGGACUAGAAUUUAGUGGUUUUUCGCAAAUUGGCCAUAUCAUCCAUGUAAAUUUGCGAGAUGAAUUAUUACCAUAUAAAAAAGUUAUCGGAAAAUUGCUUCUGGACAAAGUCACCAACUGUAAAACUGUUGUUAAUAAAUCCGAUGCAAUUGAGCAUAAAUAUCGUACUUUUGAACUUGAUUUACUUGCUGGUGAAGAAAACUAUGAAACUGAAAUACAAGAAGAAAAAUUACGGUAUCAGCUAGAUUUUAGUCAGGUCUUUUUUAAUCCAAGACUGAGCACGGAACAUAAAAGAGUAGCAAGGAGAAUUGGCAAGCGAUCUAUCUUUUACGAUUGCUGUGCUGGUAUUGGACCAUUUGUAUUGCCGGUAAUAAGAAAUGGAGUUUAUCGUGUUCUUGCUAACGACUUAAAUCCAAAUUGUAUUGAGUAUCUAAAGCGAAACUUGGUGCUUAAUCAUUUACCUUUUAAACGAUUGAAACUGUAUAACAUGGAUGCUGUCGAGUUUAUCAAGACAGUAGUUGCAAAGGAUUUAGCAAACGAGUUAAACAGUGAUUCCUCACACAAUUCUAAUGAUACAGCACCUGCAGAUGCACAUGUAGUAAUGAAUCUUCCAGGAAUGUCAUUGCAGUUUCUUCCUUAUUUUCGGGGUUGUCUUGAAAAUAAAUCUUCGUUAUUCGGUGGUAGUCUUCCGUUCCCACUAUUUAUACAUUGUCAUUAUUUUAUAAAAGCCCCAGAUGAUCGUGAUAAUGACUGGUACUUUAGUGAAGCUCAAAAUUUGGUACGUCAGAAGCUUUGCGUGGAGAAAUUACAUUUUGAUGAAGUGCGCUUUGUUCGAAACGUUGCAGGUCGUAAAAAAAUGUUUUAUGCCCUGUUUCAAAUCCCUGACUCACUGUUGUUUCUUUGCAAUGAACCAGAAAUCAAAAGAGUGAAAUCCUGCUGA